AUGCACAAGAAGGAGCCAGGAGUUGCAAAGAGUGUGUGCAUCGCCGCCAUUAUAGCCGGAGUGUUUAUGCUGUUCGUCUUGGUAGUUAUCUUGGCGGUCAGUGCCGGACGGGGAAAUGGGGAAUCACUCUACGAUAAAGACGAUCCGAUCCUCGAACUUGACGUCGACACGUUCAAUCCAGCAAUCUAUGGAGUGAAUAAAAAAAUAUCUUUCCAGAAAAAGGCACAUUUCGUCGAAUUCUACUCAUCAUGGUGUGGAGCUUGUAUUGGAUACGCACCUACGUUUAAGAAAUUCGCGAAACAGCUCGAAAAAUGGGCUCCAUUGGUCCAAGUUACGGUCGUCAACUGCGCCGAUGACAAGAACAUGCCACUCUGCAGAGAGCACUCUGUUAGCUCCUACCCAUCUCUUAGAUCAUCAUCUGAAUUAAAAUUAUUCCAGUACUUCAAAUACAACUCAGCCUCCAAAGACGACGGUAUGAAGUAUAGCGGAGACAAGUAUGAUAUCAAUAAGCUGGCUCACGACAUUGCUGGACUUGCUCAAGCGGAUGCUCAACGACAGAAUCCGGAAAACUGGCCAACUUUCCUUCCGCUAUCAGACUCGACAACCCUCGAAGACGUCUUCAAAUCCAUCGGAAGCACUCCAUACCUUGCAAUCGUUGUUCAGGAUAGUCCAUCUGUUAUUGCUUGGUCCAACCUGAUCAACUAUCAUGGGAACAAUGCAUUAAAGGUUGCUUAUGUUGAGCAGAAACAUCAAAUCGCUUUGAAAUUCUUCUCCGAUGGCGGUGCGCACGCUCUGUUGUUCUCCAAUGGAAAUGCUGAGCCAAUGUGGAAGAGUAGCAGUCCGAUUGAGAAGUGGUUAGAUGUGCAGGAGAAAGUUGAGGAGUUGAUUGGAGACAAAAUUGCUGCAAGAAGUCCGACUAUUCAGCCAGUGAACGCAGCGCCUGUCAUCGCCGCACCGUCGAAUCCACUGAACAACCAAUUUGAAGUGCAACUCGUUGAUCUGAAAAGUGCAAUGAGCUACAUGCUGUACAAAGAGAUUCCAAGAAGAGAGGAGAUCCGAGAUGAGCCAUUGGCCGCAUUGAAGCAAUGGAUGCAUACUUUGAAGAAGUAUGCCCCUGGAACCACACCAAUGCGUCGCCUGUUCUUCCGUCUUGACGAAUGGAUCCAACUUCGUUCAGUUGUAACGGCUAACGAAUGGACGGCUAAAGUCGAUGAGAUUCAACAAGCUCUCGGAAACCCACUUCCAAAAGAGAUCACCUGGAUGGCUUGUGCUGGAUCCAAGCCAAAUCUUAGAGGAUACACAUGUGGACUUUGGACAUUGGCACAUACGAUUACUGUAGAAGCUUACAAACAGGAAAAACACAAUACCGCCUUCAAGCCAGUGAUCGACGUGCUCGAGCCGUUCCGUGCCUUCAUCUUCCACUUUUUGAGUUGCUCCGAGUGUGCGCAGAAUUUCACCAAGGAGGCUGAGAAGAAUCAGCUCCACCUGGUCACUAGAGCUGAAGAUGUGUAUGCUUGGUUGUGGAGAGUGCACAAUUUCGUGAACAAGAGACUGUCCGGCUCGUUGACCGAUGAUCCAUCCUUCAAAAAGCAACAGUUCCCACCAAAAUCGGUUUGCCCAGACUGCUACGACUCCAAUGGAGAAAUUGAUGAAGCCAAGGCGCUGCCGUUCGUAUUCAAAUACUACUCAAAUAUCAAAACGGAUCCAGCAGAAAACGUUCCUGGUUACAAAGUGGUUGAGUACAAGGAAGGAAAGACACUUUCCGCUGGUCAACGUCAUCUGAACCCCAAGUUCCAAGUCCACGCUGGAAAAGUUGAUCAACUAGAAGCCAACGAAAAAGUGAAAAAUGUUCUUGACGCCAGCCCACAAAGAACGUGGAAGGAUAUCGAUGGAUACGACAAUAUUCCGGAAUCAAGCCGCACACACUGGUAUUUCAUCUGGCUCUCGUUGAUCGGAGUGGCGCUGAUCGUUGUCUACUGCAAAUACCGGAAGAACAGAUCAAAGUUUUGGAAAACUUUCUAUUAUCAAAACGAUUUCAAACUGUGA